UUCCAGCUUUCUUCGACAUGGCCGACAAUUCCCGACCUCCGGUCACCGGCUACCCCACGCCGCCCCAGAGUGCCUACUCCAACGGCCAUCCUCCGGGGGCGUACUCCAACACCGCCUACCCUUACGCCGCGCCGCGCCCCCAGUACGUCGGUUACCAGUACUAUGCCCCGGACCAGCGCGCCACCUUCCUCCGCUACUUCCUGGUGGCGAUGAUCGCCUUCUUCGCCAUCGUCGGCACCAUGCUCCUCAUCGCCUGGCUCGUCCUCCAGCCACGCCUCCCCGAGUUCCGAGCCGAGUCCGUGACGCUCGCCAACUUCUCCGUCUCCUACUUGUCGCAGCACGUCUCCGGGGACUGGCUCGUCCGGUUCCAGGUCGCGAACCCUAACAAGAAGAUGAGGAUAUCCUACACCGACAUCGAGUCCUACAUCUACUACGAGUCCGAGCCCUUGAGCGUGAUGCGGCUGCCGCCAUUCGAUCAGGGGACGAGGAACCAGACGGUUGUGCAGGCGAGUUUCGCGGCCGUGGACUCGUACGUGGACGGUUGGGCCGUGAGUGGCAUGAAUGCGGAGAGAGCGAGCGGGGCCGUGAUCUUCCAAGUGAGGCUUAUCGCCUUGGCUCGGUUCGAAGCCGGAUGGUGGCCCGCACGGUGGAGGUUGGUUAGGGUUUUUUGCCGCAACCUGGCGGUGGCGCUUCCGUCGAACGACGGAACGGGGAAGUUGACCGGUGGAGUGAGAGAUUGCAUGGUUGGUCUAUUAUGA